CUUGACGCUUUUGGCAAUUUCGAAUUGACAUUACGCACACUCCCGCUGUUCUUCCGUCUUUUUCUGGCUAUUGGUCAUCUUCAGAAGAUCUUGGUACCUUACUGGUACCUUACAGUCGUAACUGGGAAACUGCGUGCGAGAAAGAACCCACGUACCCACCCCUAUAUCACAACUUCUCAACGAGAACAACGAUGCCUAAAAAGAACAAGUCUAUGAAGAAGAAGACGGCCGCCGCGACAACCGUCGACUUGUCCUUGUCCUCCUCGACAACCAUCACCUCGGAAUCGGAAUCUUAUAUCGAGAUGGUGCGUUACCUCGAGUUAGACAACUGUCAGCUGAAGCAGAAGGUGCAAAGCAUGGAGGAGACCUUUACUCGGGAGAUGUCUAAUAUGGAGGCCGUGUACAGCCUCGUACUCUGUAACAAGCGGAAGCUGCUCGACGAGGCGGACACGGAACGCAUUGAGCUCGAGCUCGAUAUCAAACACCUGCAGAAUGAUAACGAAGAUCUCAAGAGCAAGUAUUGACAGAUAUUGCGUUUGCGAUAUCUUGAGAAUUGUAUUUGUAUACUUAUAGGCACUAGAGAAGCU